GCAGGGACCGAUUUUGGCGGCGCGGGUUCCUGAUUUCUCUAACUCGCCGAGGCGCCGACGAAGGCCCGCAGCAAAGCCAGCAACUACCGCAGCGAAGGCCCCGGCGACGGCGACGGCGACGGCGUAGCCUACCUACCUUCCUACGCCCGCACGGCCGCCUCUGUUGCUGCAUCCGCCCCGCAACUCUCCAGCGGUAAUUCGGUCGAGCCGAACAUGUCGGCGUCCGAUCUGCCCGACGAGCUGUGGGCGCGCGUCCUGGAGCUCGGCGCCGCCUCCGCCGCGCUGGGGUUCCGAGACCUCUGCUGCCUCGCCAUCGCCUCGCGCCGCCUCCGCCGCCUCUCCCUCCACCCGCCCCUCUGGUCGGCGCUCCUCUCCCGCGACUUCCCCUCCCAAUCCCAGCCCUCAUCCUCCUCUUCGCAGCAACAGCAGCCCGAUCCCAAAUCCCUCUACAGGACCAAGUUCGAGAGGCACAAGCUGCGGAUGGCGGAGGCGAGGCGGCGGGCCGUGUACGAGGCGGAGGGGCGGGUGGUGGCGUGCCGGAGGCGUCUCACGGAGCUGGAGGAGUCGAUGUGCGCCGAGGGGGAUAGGAUGAAGGCCACCGCGCAGGAGCUGGACAGCCUCGAGAGGGUCAGAAGAGCUUCGGUGGCAUUAAACGUGUGGCAACCACAAGUUGUUCAUGGGCGUCAGAAACAGUUGGUUCAGCAAUGCACUGUUCCUGUUGAUUCUCGUCUUAGUGCUCUACACAUGGAGCUGAAAGUUUGUAAGCAACAAAUAGCAACUUACAAGAAUGCUUACAACAAGGAGAAGCUCAAGUUGAAUGAGUAUGAGGAAGCAUUGAGACGAGCUAAAUAUCAUCCUAUGCAGAAUAGUAGUCAUACAAGCCCACCUGGAAAUGAGCCACAAGCAAAGAGGAAGAGACUGAAGUAAGACCAUUGUUCACCAUCGGAUCUUCAUUUGCCUCAAGAUAAAGGCAUCCGCAGUGCAGCAAGUGCCAAGAUAUUCGUUUCGGGGAAAAGAGUCCAAGUGCACUGUGGAUUCUUCGUCGGUUCAUUUGUUUGGGCAUGUGUGCGCACAUGAUGUACGUGGCAUUGUUCCUUUCCAGGCAGAAUGAACGAAUGAAGCUCAGCUGAUCCCUUCCGAUUGCCGAAAGCAUCUUAUCCUUUUCUUUUGGCGGCGAAAAGGCUAUUUUCCCACCAAUUGCUGCCGAGAGAAUGUUAUUCCUAUCGAAUGUAUACCGUGCAGCCGCCAGCUACUCCGUGUGGACGCCAGCUAUUUUCAGAGCGGAAUAGUCCGGCCAUGGUGCUUGCCCGCCACGAAACUGUGGGCGGUCGACUAUUCUACAGCAGAAGGACGACUGGUCUGAUUGGAUUUCUUCGCUGACCGUUGGUUUCUAGAGAGCGUACUGUAUGAAACUGUUGGCUUGCCUUUCGAGUUUAGAGAUGUGUGUUAAGUAUAACUCAUUCAUUUGUAUGACGAGUGAUGAGCAGCCUCUGUAAAUCUUUUGUGACUCUUAAUUUGGAUUUUUUACUUAAGAUCACUCAUUCA